AUGAUAAAACAGAUGCUGUGCAUUGCUAUAGUCAUCAAUAUCCUCUGUAUAUAUUCCAACGCUGCGCCUGGUCAUGGUCAUGAACGUGAUUAUCACAAAUCUGAGCUGAAAGAUAACUUUGGACACCAUGAUUAUCCCAAACAUGAAUCCAACCACGAUUUCGGACCUCAUGAUUAUAAAAACCAUGAAUCCAAACACGAUUUCGGACCUCAUGAUUAUCCAAAGCAUGAAUCCAAACACGAUUUAAGGCCUCAUGAUUAUAAAAAUCAUGAAUCCAAACACGAUUUCGGACCUCAUGAUUAUCCAAAGCAUGAAUCCAAACACGAUUUAAGGCCUCAUGAUUAUAAAAAUCAUGAAUCCAAAUACGAUUUCGGACCUCAUGAUUAUAAAAACCAUGAAUCCAAACAGGAUUUCGGACGUCAUGAUUAUGAGAAACAUGAAACUAAACACGAUUUCGGACCUCAUGAUUAUCCAAAGCAUGAAUCCCAACACGAUUUCGGACGUCAUGAUUACCAAAAACAUGAAAGUAAGCACGAUUUCGGACUUCAUAAUCAUGAGAAACAUGAGACAAAGCAUGGCUUCGGACCUCAUGACUUCGACAAACAUGAAACGAAGCACGAUUUCGGGCCUCAUGACUUCGAGAAACAUGAAAUCAAACACGAUUUCAGACCUCAUGAUUUUCAAAAGCAUGAAGUGAAGCACGAACCGCAUUUUUUCAAAGACGACCAUCAAGGACAUGGAUAUGAAUUUAAACGCAACUAA